AUGACGAAAUUGGAGAUAAAAAAAACAACAGACGGCCGCCAGUUCGUCGGCAUGGUGGCCUUCAUACAGGGUGCCGCCAUAAUAGGGAUGUGCGCGUUCGCAGCGUUCUGUGGAGUCUUCACGUUAUACGGCUUGGCUAUGGUCGGAUCGGCUGCUCUUGCCAUGAGAAAAACUGAAUCUAUGGCAGAAGUAAUGUACAAGGGUUUUGUCACAAACUACCAUUCACUGAAGGACAAAGAUCAGAUAACAAUGGUACAAUUGCAUCAAAAUAUGUUGUGGUCUGCAAUCUCAUGUGGAAUGGCUAAGAAAUCCUACGUUCGAACGCGACAACUCGUUGCCACCAAGCUGUUGCCACAUUGGCUACUCCAGCCUUGUGAAACGGCCUUAAUUAACCUGGUGAACCAAAGAAACACGGCAACAAUCAUUAGUUGUCUGCUUGCCAGCAUCAUCAUGUCGCUAGCAUCAAUAGCGGCUACUUUCCAAGCGUUCAAAUUCAAACUGAGGAACCCUGAAGAGAAGCUCUUUGAGUUUUCGAAGCCAUCCGUCCUUGCUGCAGGACCUCCAAGUCAAAAUUAG